AUGACAGUCGCUACUGAGCAGCGUUCUUCAAGAAACGUAUUGACUCCCAAAGUCGAUUGGUUUCUUCGGAGAAAUACUGGUAUCAAAGAUACAGUGUCUCUCAUGAAAGAUCAUAGAUCUAAAAAUUCAACUGUCAGUGUCCCAUCUUUAUCCUCUGCAUCAACCAAUAAUAAUAAUUCAUGCUCAUCCUCAAUUUCUUCAUAUUCAUCAAAUUCUACCACUAGCACAUCCAUAACCUCAGAUAAUAUUCUAGAUUCUAGUAUCAAUAACAAUACAGUCACCAAUAAUAAUAACAAUAAUAAUACUAAUAAUAAGAAGAAGUGUCAACGCAUAAUAGUUCAUAGUGAUGGUUCGCAUAGCCAUUUUUUGAAGAAUCAGAAAAGACAAGAAAAUUUAUCCAACUUAAUUAAAAGUAUACUACAUAAUAAUCAAAAUAAACUAGGUAAAGAUGCUGUAUCGUUAGUUCCGGGUAUUAUCAACGGUACAAUCGCUAAUAAUGGUGGUAGUAGUACUCAUAGUGCACCACCUUCUUUGAUAACUAAUCUCGUAAAUGCCAUGGAAAAAGUACCCUCUAAUGAAUCAACCCUGGGUUCUUUUGAAAAAAAGUACGGUUUUUGUCAAGAGAUUCUGGGAAGAGGAUCAUUUGGUACUGUACGAAUUUGUUACAACAAAAAGGAAGACGGUAUCGUUGCUGUCAAAGAAUUUAAACGUAAAAUUUCUAGUGAAGAAUCACAGGAAAAAUAUAAUAAAAAAUUGACAUCGGAAUUUUGUAUCUCAUCAUCUUUAAAUCAUAUUAAUAUCGUCAAGACUCUAGAUCUGUACAAGGACUGCAAAGGCAAUUACUGUGAAGUCAUGGAGUACUGUCCCGGUGGAGAUUUAUUCUCUUUAAUCGUAACUCAUGGUAAGCUGAAUUAUCUAGAAGCUGAUUGUUUCUUUAAACAACUUAUUCAAGGUGUUGGUUAUUUACAUGAUAUGGGAAUCUGUCAUAGAGAUUUAAAACCAGAAAACCUACUGUUGACUUCUCAAGGUACUUUGAAAAUCACCGAUUUUGGAAGCAGUGAAUGCUUUAGAACUGCAUGGGAAAAGAGUAUUCAUCUAGUUGGUGGUAUCUGUGGUUCAAUGCCAUAUAUUGCACCAGAAGAGUUCGUUCUCCAGGAAUUUGAUCCAAGACCUGUAGACAUAUGGGCAUGUGGUGUCAUUUACAUGGCCAUGAGAACCGGUCGUCAUGUCUGGAAUUGUGCUAAGAAAGAUGAUCAAUUCUAUUCCAAAUAUUUGAAAUCUAGAAAAUCAAUGCAUGGCUACGAGCCAAUUGAAAGUUUGAAGAGAGCGAGAUGUAGAAAUGUGCUUUAUUCGGUUCUAGACCCAGUACCUCAUAGAAGAAUAACAACUAAAGAUAUUUUGAAAAGUGAAUGGGUCAGAGAAAUAAAGAUAUGUCACGAAUCCAAGAAACCUAAAAACUAA